AUGAUCCUUCCCCCAGGGUUUAUUUCUAAGCAACCUGGGCAAGUGUGCAGACUAAAAAGGUCACUCUAUGGCCUAAAGCAAGCAAGCAGACAGUGGAAUGCUAGGCUAACUACUGAGCUAAUCAGCAUGGGGUUUAAACAAGCAGUAUGUGAUAACUCCCUUUUCACUAGGGGAUCUAAUGAUAGUUUCAUUGCCCUCCUAGUAUAUGUGGAUGAUGUAGUCCUAGCCAGCAGUGACAAGGCUCAAAUCCAGCAGAUCAAAGAACAUUUACAUUUAGUUUUCAAAAUCAAGGACUUAGGAAGCUUAAAAUAUUUCCUGGGAUUGGAAGUUGCUAGGAAGCACACAUGCAUAUCCUUGACACAAAGGAAGUAUGCCCUGGAUCUUCUACAAGAUUCAGGAUUCCUUGAAACUAAACCUGCAAAAUGCCCUAUGGUACAAACAAACAAACUUUCCAAAGAUGAUGGUGAAGCCUUGGAAGACAACACUCAGUACAGAAGAUUAGUGGGAAAACUCUUGUAUUUGAACAUCACUAAACCUGAUAUUAGUUUUGCUGUGCAGCAGUUAUCUCAAUUUUUGGACAAACCUACUACUAUCCACCUACAAGCAGUCCAUAGAGUACUAAGGUAUAUCAAGAUUUGUCCUGGACAAGGGUUGUUUUUUCCUACAGAUUUCAAUUUGAAAAUGAGUGGUUUUGCUGAUUCAGAUUGGGCAGCUUGUCCUGAUACAAGAAAAUCUGUAACUGGCUUCUUUCUUGAAGUCCAAUUAGGAGAGGCAGUUGUGCUGUUUUCUGAUAGCAUAUCUGCUAUUGCAAUAGCAGAAAAUCCAGUCCUUCAUGAGAGGACUAAGCACAUAGAAAUAGAUUGUCACUUGAUAAGAGAGAAUGUUCAAAAAGGAACCAUAAAAUUGUUGCAUGUUCCUAUUGAACAUCAGACAGCAAAUAUCUUAACUAAGCCCUUACAGCCAAUGCUAUUUCAGAAGUUUGUGUCCAAGCUGGGGCUCCAUUCCAUGUACACUCCAGCUUGCGGGGAGGUAUUAGAAGAAGAUGGUAGUUGA